AUGGCCUCCGCCGAAAUCCCCAACUCCAGCCCCGACGCCACGAACCCCGCCGCCGCCACCGGCCCCGACCUCUCCUCUUCGCCGCCGCUCCCGCCCCGCAAGCGCCGCCUUUCACCUUCCGCAUCCCCCACGCGCUCCGCGUCACGCUCUCGGUCCCCCCGCUCCCGCUCCCCGCGCGGCCGCCGCUCCCGCUCCCGCUCCCGCUCCCGCAGCCGGAGCCGGAGCCGGAGCCGCAGCCCGCAGAACCCGCCCGAUGGCAAGCGGCGGCGGCACAACGACCUUAACGUGGAGGCGUGCCGCGACUUCCUGCGCGACAGGUGCACCCGCUCCGACCUCGAGUGCAGAUACGCGCACCCUCACAACUCCGUUUCCGUCGACCGGGACAAUAAGGUGACGGCGUGCGCGGAUUCUCUGAGGAACAAUUGCUUCCGGGGGAGGACAUGCCGUUACUACCAUCCGCCUCCACAUAUCCAGGAGCAAUUGCUGAGAUCAAUUGGUGUGGAAGACCCAAAGGUGAAGACGAUCUGCAGAGAUUUUACACGUGGGAAGUGUUCAAGAUCAGCAAAUGAGUGCCGAUUCUUGCACCAUUCAUCUGUUGAAGAUGUUGCAAUUGUUUGCCAAGAUUUCUUGCGUGGACAGUGCAAUCGCAUAGCAUGUAGGUACUCUCAUGUAGUAGCACAUCCAGUGCCACCAAUGAGCCAUGUUCCUAUGCCAUACCCUGAGAUGCUUUACAUGCCACCACCACCACCACCACCCCUUGGAGUACCAAUGAUGGGGCCUCUGCCUUCACCUCCUAUACCAUUUGCUGAUAAUAAGAACAGAGUUGAAGUUUGUAGGGACUUCUUGAAGAACAUGUGCAAUAGGGAAUCCUGCCGGUUUGCACACCCCGAGACACAUACAACGGCGGCGAUCGCCAAUGUUGAAGUAUGCCGUGAUUUUAAACGAGGAGAAUGCAAUCGACCUGCCUGUCGCUACUUCCAUCCAUAUACAAGCUAA